AUGGACCAGGGCAACCCGAUGCAGCAGCAGCAAGCCGUCUACCAGCAGCAAUACAUGUACCAGCCGCAGUGCUACCCGCCGACGAGCGAGCCGAUGGGCCAGGCCUACAUGUGCCACCCGCAGCAGCAGUACAACGGAGCGGUCCCUACAUCCGCGGCGCCAAUGCACCCCGCGCACGCACCGGCCACGAUCUACUACCUGCCCUGCGCAUACGACCCGAGCCGCGGGCAGUACAUGCCGUGUCAGCCGAACCCGGUCAUGAUGUCGCCGUAUCCGCCCUACGUCGCGCCAACCUUCCACAACGGCUACUACGAGCCGAUGGUGGCCACUCCGCCCGAGGAGCAGACGCUGACCUCGCCGCAGAACUCGGCGCCCAUCUACCAGCGUGCCUCGGCCCAGUCGUACAAGUCUAACGAGCACUACUACAAGCAGAACAUGCAGAGUGGAGCUGGCUUCGGGGCCAACAUCACCCAGGAAUCGCUGCACCCGCUGUGCACGUCUACGCCGCUGCCAACGAACGAGAUGGCCUACAUCAACAACCAGCAGCCGCGCGGCCACAACCAGCACUCGCCCGUCGUGCAAACCUCGCAGACGGUGAUGGGCCGCAGCUUUGCGAAUGGGUCGGCUGACCGCUCGACAACGUUCGACGCCGGCGCCGCCUACCAGCAGCAGCAGACCUUCACGAAGCCGGGCACGCGCCAGUUCAACCGCUCGGGGCAGAAGACUCGCCUCUGCCACGCCUUCCAGAUGACCAAGACCUGCCGCAACGGCGCCAACUGCAGAUAUGCGCACGGGCAAGGCGAGCUGCAGAGCUUGGCCAAGCCGAACAACUACUCUCAAAAGCCCGACCCGCGCUACAAGACGAAGGUGUGCAACAAUUUCCUCGAGGGCGGAAGCGGGGAAUGCCGCUACGGCGACCUCUGCGAAUUCGUGCACCCGGGCGAUCGGAGCGAAAAAGAAUUCGCCGAUCUCGUCGCCAACGCAAAGAAGACGCUCCCGCCGGCGAUGCGACGAGCCAGCAUGGGCACCCCGCGCUACCAGACCGGCAGCCGCUACACCGGCGCCCCCGUCUAUCAGCUCAAGUACAAUGAAGAAAAGCCGCGUACCCGGCCGCACCUGCCUCAACAGAAGCCACCGGUGGACAACCGUUCAAACGACGACGGGCACUCGGACAGUGCGCGCGGCAGCGGACGUUCGUUGGGCCACCUGCGCAAGGCCGCCUCCACCCACUGCAUCGCGCCCGGGUUCGAAAAACUGUCGCUAGGCGCAGAUGAUGGCUACAACAAGGAAAACAACUCGAGCGGCGGCAACUGGCGAGGCUCGGGCCACUUCAAGACUCCAUUCAACCCGCGCUACGCGAACGACAAGUCGGAUGCACGCCGGCGCUCCGAAUAUAACUUGGGCAAGGCUGGAUUGGAAGAGCAUAAGUCAAACUACGGCAACUACAACAACUAC